CCCCUCCUCCCUCCUCUCUCCCCUCCUCAUGAUGACAACUCGUCGUCUUCUAUCCCAAGUCACAUCAAUCAAGAUCUCUCCUUCUGUCCCCACUGCACGAUUGUGGAAUUCUCGUGUCGCAGUCAACCCCACCGUCUCUCCCAGCCCAUUAUUUCCGCGGGUCCAGAACUUCACUACUUCACGCGCCAUGGAAUCCAUCGCUGGCACUGCUGAUGACAGCGGGGUCCCCUACGCCUCGGUGUCUGACAAAUUAGACCCUUUGCUCUUCAAGGCCAUCACGAAGUUGGGCUUCGACCAGAUGACUCCCGUGCAGCACCGCGUAAUGAGCCAGCUGCAGCCCGACGGCUGGCGCGGCGACUGCCUGGUCCAAGCUAAGACUGGUACCGGCAAGACGGUCGCCUUCCUGCUGCCGGCCCUGCACCGGCUCGUGCACGGUGACACCUCUGUCCCCAAGGACCAGGUCGCCGUCCUCAUUAUCACCCCCACGCGCGAAUUGGCGCUGCAGAUCGCCAAGACGUGCAACGGGCUCACCUCCGAAUUGCCUGGCCCGCGUAAGAUUGAAUGCCACGUUGCUGUCGGCGGCACGGCUAGGGCCUCCGCGUUCAACAAGUUCAUGACCGGCGACCCCAAGGUCCUCGUCGCCACCCCAGGCCGUCUGCAGGACUACCUGAAUGAUGAGGAGUGCGUCCGCAAGUUCAAGAACAUCCAGACCGUCAUUCUCGACGAGGCCGACACCAUGCUCGAGGCCGGCUUCCUGCGGGAUGUACGGCAGAUUCUGAGAAGGCUCCCCGCCAAGAAGGAGGCCGGGUGGCAGGGCAUGUGCUUCAGCGCUACGGUGCCGCCCAAGGUCAAGGACGUGAUCGACGUGGUGUUGCGCGACGGAUACCACCACAUCUCAACGCUCGACCCGAACGAGUCCGCCACCCACGAGCGCGUGCCGCAGUAUUCGGUGGUCGUGCCCGGCGUCGAGCAGAUCUACACGGCCCUGCACGCGCUCCUGAAGGAGGAGAUGAAGGGCAAGAAGUCGAAGAAGGUGAUCGUGUUCGGCGCCACCUCGAACUUGGUCGCGCUGAUGCGCAUGGCGUUCGCGAAGCUGCUGGAGGGUGAGACCACGACGCUCGAGAUGCACUCGCGGCUGUCGCAGCCGGCGCGCUCGCGGGCGACCAACCUGUUCCGGGAGACCACCUCCGGGGUCAUGUUUGCCAGCGAUGUGGUCGGCCGCGGCCUGGACUUCCCCAACGUCGACCUGGUGGUGCAGGUCGGCCUGCCGGCCAACCCGGAUCAGUACGUGCACCGCGUGGGCCGCACGGCGCGUGCCGGCAACGACGGCCGCGCCGUGAUGCUGCUGACCGAGCGCGAGAGCUUCUUUGUCAAGGUCAACGCCGGCAAGUUCCCCAUUCAGCCGCACCCCAACAGCGCGGAGAUCCUCGCCGCUGCCGCCGAUCCCACCCGCUCCAAGGACGUCGUCAACCAGGUCAUGGCCGCCGAUGUCGACGAGAUCACUAAGCAACGCGCCUACGCCUCCUACCUCGGCUGGCUGGCCGGCAGCGGCCGCCUGCUCAAGCAGCUGCAACUCGACAAGCCCGGCCUCGUCCAGCUGGUCAACGAGCUCGCCAUCAAGGGCUUUCAGUGCCCCGAGCAGCCCGAGAUCCAGAAGAAGGUUGCCGGCAAGAUGGGUCUGUCCGGGAACAUCCCCGGCCUGAGACUCACCGCCGGAGACCCCAAGCUGUCGCUCAAGGGCAAGCCGCCCACUCAGAACGGCGCGAAGAAGAGCGCCCCGCGCGACGUGCUGAGCCCCGAGCCCAGCGGCGUGGAGAAGCCCUCCUCCAAGCCCAAGCGCAGGGGACCGUGGACCAGGCGGUACUAAACGUUCCUCCCUCAUAUCUUAGCUUCUCACCUUCUGUUUGGCAUGACCGGGGUUUCUUUUCGCGUCUAGGGUUGAGUGUUUA